AUGUCUCAAGACAAUCAAGCCCCUGGAGGCCUGUUUUUCUACGUGCCCAAUACAGGGGCAGCUGCUUUCUUCACGGCAGCAUAUGCCAUGUUGUGCCUUUUGCACACUUGGCAAGCCCAGCGGUAUAGGAGCUGGGCCUUUACGGGCUGGCUAGUGUUUUCGGCCUUGCUGUUCACCUCUGGAUUUGCAGUGCGAAUUUUCUGUUCUUUCAACUAUAGGCAUGCCAAUGCUUUUAUCGCCUCGCAGUUCAUUAUCUAUACCACCGCUCCAAUUCUCGAACUCGCAAACUUCCACCUACUCGGCCGCAUCCUCUACUUUAUUCCAUACCUUUCACCAAUUCACCCGGGCCGUGUACUCUCAACAUUUCUCUUCUGCUCAUGCAUAGUUGAGAUCCUCAACGCACUCGGAGUUAUGCAGAGCAUAGUUGGCACUGUGAUUGAAAACUCAAGGACACCUGAAAAGGCAGCCGACUACGUUGCGCAGGGCCACGCGCUGAUGAAGGCCUCCUUGAUUUUGCAACUUUCAUUUGCGGUCAUCUUUGUCUGCCUGGCUGGAUCUGUCCAUCAGCGUUGCCUGAAGCGUGGGAUCCGCAACCGCAAAGUCACGAUCCCUCUCGCCACGCUAUAUACCAGCAUGGGUUUCAUCACGGCGAGGACCGUAUUCCGAACCGUUGAACACUUUGCAUUCGAGGAUCUCACCGGCAGCGUUUCAGAGGCCGGGUGGCUGGCUCACUAUCCUCCGCCGGUCGUUUUAUACGAGUGGUAUUUUUACGUCUUCGAGGCGACAUUUAUGUUCUUGGCCAUCGCUGUCUUCAACCUCUUCCAUCCGGGUCAGUUCCUGCCGUCAAACAACAAGAUCUACCUGGCCCAAGAUGGACAGACUGAGAUUGAGGGGCCUGGUUGGAGUGACAGACGGCAGUUUCUCAUGACGCUGUGUGACCCUUUCAACCUUGCGGGGUGUUUUGAUCGCAAGGCCGGGGUCGGUGGUAGCAACUUUUGGGAAGAUAACGGAUUCGCUUUCCCGGCUGAUGCAAACAAGAACCUUGGCUCGCAGCCAUGCGUAGCCAUACUCGACUCCCCACGAACCUUUCAUGCGAGAUCAUUGCGGCCCUUCAAGCUGAAUGUCGCCCAAGAAUUGGUCAAUCACGGUGUCACGAAAUCUUGGCCGCGCCGCGUCGGUGCUCUGCUUCAAUGGCCGACGCUCAAGGAAGAGUUCUCCUCCAUCUCUCGAGCCGUCGUAGGCGACCACGCUGGUGUGAUUGACACUCUGACUCCAGAAUUCCACGUCGUGCUUACGCUCCUCCUUCCUGGUUUGGCUGUCAAAUCUGGCAUGGUUCUGCCAACCUUGCAACAACUCUUUGAAAAGGCUGUUCAAGUCAACACUUGCAAGAGCAGCAUCGACGGAAAUGCUGGCCACCACAUAGAGGCUACGACGCUGCAUCUAUAUGGGCUGGAUGUCUCCCUGGAAAGGGCUAAAGAGCCAACCGAAAACGCAGAUGUGAACGCCGUUUACGCGCGAUCCAUUCUGAGGCUACUGCUGCGGAUAAGACGCAAGAAUGACUACAAGCACAUGGCUCACUGGGUCCGGGAUGCAGACUUGUUCACACAGGUAUGGGUAUUCUUUUGUACGCUGGCGUUCAUGCAGUUUGAGGAUCUGCAGACUGCCUAUGAGCGGUUGAGUCUAGGGGAGAAAGCGCGGCUCAAGAUUGCCGGCCUUUUGAGGAAAGAUUCUUAG